GCCCGUUCCCCCUUUGCUUGCUCCGCCCGCCCGCAUUUCCUUCCCUCCCGUCGCCUCGCCGCCUCCGCACGCGCACCGCAACGCGACGCAGCGGGAACCGCCGCGACCUCCGCCCACCCCACCCUGCUCGCCCGCCUUCUUCUUCCUCCUCUCGAGAAGAAGGGUCUUCUUGGAGGCAGCGAGGAGGCGUCUCGGGGAAGGGAGGGGAUGGCGAUCGACCACGAGUCCCCGUUCAAGGAGCUCCGCCUCAAGAAACGCAGGAUCAUGGGAGGCGGCGGCCCCGAGCCGGAGGAGGAGGCCGCCUCGGCGGCGUACCGGGACCAGUGGCCGCGCUGGCUGCAGCCGCUGCUCUCCGCGCGCUUCUUCGCGCAUUGCAAGACGCACAGCGACUCGCACCGCAGCGGCGAGUGCAACAUGUUCUGCCUCGACUGCUCCGCCGCCGCGGGCGCGGGCGCCGGCGCGCUCUGCUCCCUCUGCCUCGCGCACGCCCACCGCGACCACCACACCAUCCAGAUCCGUCGCUCCUCCUACCACGACGUCAUCCGGGUCUCCGACAUCCAGCGCUUCAUGGACAUCGCCGGCGUGCAGACCUACGUCAUCAACAGCGCCCGCGUCGUCUUCCUCAACGAGCGGCCCCAGCAGCAGAAGCCCGGCUGCGGCGGCAAGGCCGCCUCCGCCAACCUCUGCGAGGUCUGCGCCCGCAGCCUCCUCGACAACUUCCGCUUCUGCUCCCUCGGGUGCAAGGUCGUCGGCUGCGCCCCCGACGCCGCAAAGGCCAGGAACUGGCUCCUCCGGCCCACCGCCGCCCCCGAUGGCAACGCCUCCUCCUCCGCCCUGCGGAAUGCCGACAGGAAGCAGAGCUUCACGCCUCCCACGCCGCCGAGCAUGCCAGCGAAGCGGCGCAAGGGCAUCCCGCACCGCGCGCCGUUCGGCAGCCUCAUCGUCGAGUACUAGCCCUCGGCGGCGGCGGCGGCGGCAUUGGCCUUACACGCGCGCGGUAAAGUAAAAGUACUCCUCAACCCAACGGAAUCGCACAGUGAGUCACUGAAUCCGUGCAUGAAUCAGAGUCCGCCAUUACGGCAAUGGGAUGGCCACCACUUCGGUGGCCCGCCUUCCUUUGCCAUGGCACUUUGGGGUUGGUGGUGCUUCUCGAGGUGGAUGCCAUUUGCUCGCUGGCUUUGCUUUCCACAAAGGGAGAAGAAAGGAGGGUGCUUGCUGCUAGACAUCUGCUGCUGCAACAAUGUCAAUCAAAAACUAGCUUUUUCGUUAAGAGUUGAUUACUGUUGUUAGGACAGAAGAUAUAUAUUUCUGAUAGAAAUAUAUGUACAUGUUUUAGUCCUGCUCUGUUUCAUACCACCAUAGUAGGUAUAGCUAGCUUUGUGAUGCUCUCUUACCUUACUAGAAUAGAUGUCUGAACUCUGAAGAAGAGGGGAUAAUCAGUCAGUGAUAAUAAGCAAUGCAGGUGGGUCUGCCCCCUUGCAUUCUCUUUCAGAGUUUUCGUGA